CGCGAGGAGGUCCUGCUACCACAUGGUCCGGGGCCUGGCUUCUGUGGUUACCGCACGCACCCGCACUGAACACAGAAUGAGGGUCGCGGCCCUGAUCAGUGGUGGGAAGGACAGCUGUUACAACAUGAUGCAGUGCAUUGCUGAGGGACAUCAAAUUGUUGCAUUAGCAAAUCUAAGACCAGAUGAAAACCAAGUGGAGUCAGAUGAACUGGAUAGCUACAUGUAUCAGACAGUGGGUCACCAUGCCAUUGACUUGUAUGCUGAAGCAAUGGCUCUACCCCUGUACCGCAGAACCAUCAGAGGAAGGAGCCUGGAGACAGGAAGAAUGUAUACGAAAUGUGAAGGUGAUGAGGUUGAAGAUCUCUAUGAACUAUUGAAACUCGUUAAGGAAAAAGAAGAAAUAGAAGGGGUGUCAGUAGGUGCUAUACUUUCUGACUAUCAACGUGUGCGAGUAGAAAACGUAUGUAAACGACUCAAUCUCCAGCCUUUAGCUUACCUUUGGCAGAGAAACCAGGAAGAUUUGCUCCAAGAGAUGAUAGCAUCGAAUAUCAAUGCCAUUAUUAUCAAAGUAGCAGCUUUGGGCUUAGAUCCUGAUAAGCAUCUUGGGAAAACCCUGGUUGAAAUGGAGCCUUAUCUUUUAGAGCUUUCCAAGAAGUAUGGUGUCCACAUAUGUGGAGAAGGUGGGGAGUAUGAGACAUUCACGUUGGACUGCCCUCUAUUCAAGAAGAAGAUCAUUGUGGACUCUUCAGAAGCAGUCAUCCACUCAGCUGAUGCGUUCGCACCUGUGGCUUAUCUGCGGCUCUCAGGGCUGCACUUGGAAGAGAAGGUGUCUUCAGUACCUGCGGAUGAUGAAACAACUAAUUAUAUACACAAUUCUUAACAUUUUUGCUGCAUUUUUAAAAUUAUUAUGAUUUUCUUUUUUAUUACAUUUUUUUACUCCUUCAAAAAAAAUAUAUCGGAACCAUUAAAUAACUGGGAGAAUUUCAGUGAACUCUUCUCUGAUAUUGCCAGUAUCUUCAACUUACUUCCUUUUAAAAAAAUAAUUUUUUAAAUUCCUAUUAGAUUAUUAUUGUAUCAUCCCCACUUUCCUCAGAACCCUACAAUAUACCCCUCCUUGCUCCUUUUCCAAUUUAUAGACACCAUUUUUAUUAGUAUUGUUAUACACCUCUCUCUCUAUGUCUCUCUGUCUUUGCCCUCCUCUUUCUCUACACACACACACACACACACACACACACAAACACAAAUGGAUAACCAGUUGGUGUGUUCUUCCCCCAUUAGCUUUCCCAUCCACUUUAGCAUGUCUGUCGGCUCAUGUCUGUUCAGCUCAUGUUUAGGGAGCUAUGCUGGUGAGACUUUAUGGGUGCAGCUCCUAAGACUCUGGAAGAAGCGAACUCUCUAGUCCUCUGGCUCCACUUUACUUUCAUGUUGUAGUGAGUCUCAUGGCCUUUGUCUGGCAUGCCCCUGUAUUACCCUUUUAUUUCUCCCCAGCCCUCUUCCUCUAAUGUUUCCUUGUCACACUUUUUCCUUCUCUCUCUUCCACACUCCAUGUCAUGAAGAAGAGGCAUCGGAAAAUGAAGAAGACUCUGCUCUAGACAGUCAAGCUCAUUGUAUAGUUGGGUGUCACCACAGUGAUUUACCUUUUUUGUGUUUUUAUGUAUUCAUUAUUCAAAAUGUUCAACAUCAUUGGAUAAUCAUAAAUGUUAUUAUAAAUGGA